AUGACGCAGCAGAUGCGGGACAUUCAGCUGGCCCAGGCCAGGAAGCCACCAGGACCCUCCUCCCCGAAUGCCGCCAAGAGGCUUUACCGCAACCUCUCGGGGAAGUUCCGCGUUAACUACACUUCAUUCGAUGAGGGCAGCUUGCCAGGGAGGAGUGAGAAGGAGAAGCUACGCAAGACCUAUCUUUUUCAGAGCAAUGCGGCUCUCUUUGAAGCUGUUGAGCUGCAGGAUUUGGACAGAGUGCAGGAGCUGCUAAAACAGUACAGCCCAGAGGAGCUGGACCUUAACACCCCAAACAGCGAGGGCCUGCUGCCGCUGGAUAUUGCCAUCAUGACCAACAAUGCCCCCAUUGCCAGGAUGCUGCUGCAGGCCGGAGCCAAGGAGAGUCCACACUUCAUGAGCCUGGAGAGCCGCACCUUGCAUCUGGCGACGCUGGUGCGGGAGGCAGAGCAGCGAGUCAACGAGUUCACCGCACAGGUGGCAAAUGAGACGCCCAACACUGACUGCUCAGAGAAGGAGAAGCAGCUGAAGUCCUGGGAGUGGCGCUACCGGCUUUACAAGCGCAUGAAAGCUGGUUUUGAGCAUGCCUGUGCGCCGGACCCACCUGCUAAUGUGCACUUGUCUGUGGCCAGCAGCAGUUCUGUGCAGGUUACCUUCGGGGAGCCCCUAAGUAUCAACUCAGCCGUUGUCACCAAAUACAAAGUUGAGUGGAGCUGUUCCCCAACCUUCUCCCCUCCCCUCGGGGAGGUGGUGAUCGACAAACUAAAGAACCUGCACUUCACCAUCCGGGGGCUCGUGUCGGGCACGGCCUACUAUGUCCAGGUGUCGGCCUACAACAUGAAGGGCUGGGGACCCCCGCAAGCCUCAGUGCCACCUUUUGCUAUCCCCUCCAACUGGCGGGAAUAUGAUGGGAGAGCACCAAGGCGAAGGGGACAAGCCGAAGCCUUAGAUCACCUUCUCAGCCAGGUGAAGACUGUGCAUCAGCAUUGUGUCUGCCAUGAGUCCUGCAAGAACCAGCCCCAGAGCAGGAAGCACUCGGUCUCCAAAAGCCUGAAGCACCUUUUCCACCCUGGCAGCAAGUUCUUAAAGACUCUGAAAAGGGGCCUGUAUCUCACCUCCAUCUUCUACAAAGACGACAACAUCCUGGUGACGCACGAGGAUCAGAUCCCUGUGGUGGAGAUAGAUGACACCUACUCCUGCCUACUCAUGCAGGACUUCCUCUGGUUCACCAAGGUUGCCUGCAUGUGGGAUGAGAUCAUGUGGCUGCGUCAGUGUCUCACCGUCUCCCAGUCAUCCUGCUCCUGCAUCCUGCAGACGCGUUUCAAGAUGCUGCUGGCCAUCUCACAAAUGCAGGGGCUGCUAGGAAUCCAGGACUUGGGACAGGUCUUCUUUGAGCCAAUCAAAGACAAGCAGGGCAACAUCUUGAUAGUGACACUGAAGGAGGUGAAAACCAACCAGACUUUUGAGAGCGUCCGCUGGGUCCCCCUUUCCAAGCUGCAGACAAGCCGCAAGUCCGUCUCCUCUCCAGAAGAGCCCACCUCUCUGGAUAUGCUGCUGAUGACAAUGCAGGACAAGCUGGCUUACCACCAGAGAAGCAGCCAAGCCCUCGCCCCAGGCCUCUACCUGGCCUAUCUGAAGCUCUGCAGUGCAGUAGACCAGAUCCGAGUGCUGGUGCCUGAACAGUUACCCAAUAUCCUUUGCCAUGUGAAAAUACGGACCAAUCCCAACAUCUCCAGGGAGGAGUGGGAGUGGCUACAGAACCUGGCCAAUUUGGAGGAACCAAGUCCCACUGAGCCAGAGUCUGAGACUUCCCAGAACCCCUGGUAUCAGGAGCUCCAAGAGGCCAUUAAGGAGCUGGUGAACCUGGUCAACAUCCCCCUGCGAGAGGCUAAAGAUUUCCGUCUGUACAGUCAGGAGGUGCUAGACUUCGGGGGACAAGUCUCCUUUCUCCUGCUGCUUCCUCCAUCUGAUGACGUCUGCACUGCCCCGGGCCAGAACAGCCCCUACACCCCUCGCUCUGGCUUUCUCACGCUGCCUCUCCAGAUCUUUGAGCUAGUUCACUUCUUCACGUAUGACCGAGAGUUCAUCAGCCAGUAUUGCCAGGUGUCUGCGCUCCUGGAGCUGGAGUCUCUCCUUUCCCAGCAGAGCCUCAGGGAAGCCUUCUCAGAUGCUGAGCUCUCCACAGCUAAGCAGAGGCACCAGCAGGUUCAGGACUACAUACAGCAAAUGGAGGAGAUCUGGCGUGAGAUGCGCUGGAUGAUGGAUGCCUUGCAGCAUGCCCGGUACAAGCAGCCAUCUUGUGGCGUACCUCUCACCUGGUUCCUCAAUGAAUCCAGCGGUGCAAUGAAAGAGAAAACACAGUCCACAUCAUCGCAUCUGGACUACCUCCCCUCACCCACCCCAUCUCCAGAAACCAGCCGCAAGCAUAACUCUGAUUCCCACGGGAUCUCAGAUGAGGAGGGCUCGUCGGAGGUGUUCCUGGCUACAGACAGUGACUAUGAUUCCAGCAGGGCCCAAAGCCCCAAGGAGCUGGACCUGGUUUACUCCUUGGGGCCUGAGUGCUGUGGCAGAAAAAUUGCCCGAACCCUGAGGGACAGUGCCCCUGAUGUCCUGCAGAGCCAUGAACUCAAAGCCCCACCGCUGCUCCCAGAGGAACCCCAGCCACCCCCAGAGCUGUAUGACAGCGACUUUGUCCUCCCUAGCCGGCAGAUUGAGCUCCUCCGCAUCACAGAGAAGCGUCAGGCCUACUGCGUCCGCACUAGCAGCUUGGAUUUCCCCAAGCCCCUCUUCCAGGUGGCCAGGAAGUCCUGUCCUGGCUCCGUCGAUAGCUCCCCGACAGAAACCAGGACGACGGGCCAGUGCAGCUUGCUCAGGCUGGACACUGGCUCAGCUUUCAGCCCCGAGCACAGCCAGGCUGUUGAAAGCUCUGAGCCUGUCUUCCGGACACGCUCAGUGGAGUGGACUCGCACCUUCCAGGAGCCACCAGAGCUGGGAUACAUAGCGAACCGAGGGAAGAAGCCAGGCUCAGCCACCUUACGGGUCUGUGCUCAGUAUGAAACCGGACUGUCCAACGAGACCAGCGUUAAGCUGCACGUCACCACCAAGAUGUCAGCAGAAGAGGUGGUGAAGCUGGUGGUGCUGGAGAUGAAUGAGGUCUCCCGGAAUGUGCUGGGCAACGUGGAUGCCUUCUGCUACAGCGAGGAUCAGCUGGAUCACUUUGGACUAGUGUUCGUGUCAGACGACACCGAGCAGUGGCUGCCUGACGACUUCUUACCCCUCUCUCUCCACAACGCCUGGCCUGAGGGGCGGUUCUAUGUCCGAAUCAAAGAGACAUCCCCUCUUUUGUUCCAGUAUGGGCCAGCAACCACAGUAUGAAAGGAGGGGAAUGGACAGGGUAAACUAGAGGAACUCAACUUCCACUGAGCAAACAGCUCGUCUCCAAUGCUUCCUUCCUACUCAGACACCCUCUCAUCAGACAUCCCCAGGGUGGAAUAGGAUCACACUAGGCUGUGUAUUACUUGUUUGUGUUUUUUUUUUUUUUUUAACCAAAGACACAUCAAGACUUGGUUUUUAUGACUGCAAGAGAUGAGGGUGGAGCACAGGAGACCUCACAGCCUUGGGGGGAGCAGUAGCUGGAAUAGGAUUUUUGAAAGUCAAUAUUUUGUGGGGAGGGAGGAAGAGUGAGUAGAAAAAAAUCACAAUGAAGCAGCAGCAACAAUACAUUAUUUUCCCUCUCCCUCGUACAAUCUAAAUUUGGGAUUUACUGAAGGAUAAGCCAGAGAUUUCCAGGCGGCGUGGGGAGUGUGGAUGGGGGAAGGAGGCAACUUGCAAAGAUGUUGCAGAGAAGAUUGUUUUGUUAACUGUCCUUGUUUCUAUACCUGGAGAAACACUUUAUUGCACACAGUUCUUGGAACAAAAUGAUUUUUUCCCCUUUAAAAAAAAAGUGCAAGAAACACUGGAGCUGUGUGAAAGCCGGACAUCCUUUUUACUUCUUUUAAAGGCAAAAGGAAACCGCACAUAUGCGUGCACACAUACAUAUUGACACUCACUGAUGUUGCCAAUAUAGGUUUGCUACAGAGCAUUUCCCACAAUGCAUUUAGCACUGCUGUUAGGUUUUGUUUUUUUUGGUUACCGUUUUAUUCUGGUGAUUGUGAUUGGCCUCUCUUGUAUGUCCAAUAGCAUGAUGUUUUGUUAGCGACUAGGUCUCUUGUUAACUAAGGUUGUUUUUUGAACUCCUGUGGUCCGUAGUAAAGAUGGC